AUGAGCCCCUAUUCGCCCAAAUUACCUUCACAGGAUAGAGAAUCGGUGACAGGUGACUUGGGCUCAUCUUCUCGAAAUGUUGCUGCUGGCGUUCAUAAUCUUGCACCGUCCGUACAUAAGAGACCUUCUGGAUCUACUGCUUCAGCAGGUGCCAAGAGAUCGCCUUCCAUUCUUGUUACGGAUUCAAGAAAAGGUCAAGUUAAGGCUCCAUUUGCGGGUAACAGAAGGAGACAAAUUGAGAAAACGCAGCAUAUAGAUAACCAUUCAUACCCUGUUCGUAUGGGCAACCCUUCAAGAUAUGUUGAGAAAGGACGCAGAUCACAGUCAAAGUAUUCCGAUAUAACAGUGUCAAACCUAACUUCCAAUAUUAGUGAUAUUCCUUCAUCGAUAAGACGUGAAGCCCCUCCUCGUUAUAUGUCAGCGGGUACUGUACAUGCCAGGGGCCCGAGUGGACUACAUCCUAUUCCCCAGUUUCUGAGAGCUUUACCCAGUCGAAGUUCAAAGUCGAUCGAAAGAUUAGUGUUGAUCCCCGAUCAGGCCACAUUUUCGAAAACAGGAGAUAAUAUGAUAGAGGGUAAGUCUGAAGCUACUACGGAUAACAUAUUCCUAACUGGGUAUAAACGAACACGAGCGGAAAGCAUGACUAAAGAGCAAAGAGAGCUCGACUAUCCUAGAGUUACUGCAUACAUGAUUGCUGAAGGUGUCAAUUUGAAGCUCACUUCUAAGUUUCUGGCCAAGCAGCAUUUAGUUUCCCCUAGAUUGUACGAUGACAUGUUAUAUGUGCCUUAUUCUCUACCUUUAUUGCCUGGUGAUAAUGGAUAUAGAGUAAAAUCUAACAAUACUGCAAAAAACGAGCGAGGAAAUGAGCUUAUGGAGCAGUUUAUCAACAAAUCAGAACUAAAAGAACAUCAUUACGAAUUCUAUUCAGGAGAAGAUGUAGAAAGUAAUGUGAAUAAUCCGGGUACUGGGCCUGGUAGUGAGACAAAUACUGACUUUGAUCCCUCUGAACCCCAAUUUUUUGUUUCUACUAGUCCGACGGAAAGUCUUAUUGAAGAAGAGGUUGUCAAUAAGCCAGAUAAUGACCAAGCCAAGAUCAAAGUAAUUGAAAAUAGCAAGCCUGAAAGUAAGUGCAAUGAAAGUGCCAUAGAUGAUAGUACUCUCUCCUCCAGUGGUGUGAAUAUUCAUUCAAGAAGAUCUUCAAGAAAGCAUAGACAAUCGGGGCUUCCAGAUUUAACCAAGCAUGCCGAAAUGUUUAUUCUUAACUACGGUGUGGUGGUUUUUUGGAACUUUUCGGAAAUUCAUGAGAAGAAUAUCUUAGCGGAUUUGGUCUUUGCCAAGAUAGAUCCUGGAGAGUUUGACGAUGAUGAAGAAGAAGAAGAAGAGGAGGAGGAGGAGGAGGAGGAGGAUGAUAAUGAUGAUAAUGAUGAUAACGAAUCACAACGGAAUCUCGAAGAUGAUCAACCAGUGUCGCUUAUACUCAAACCUGUUCACGAGGAGGACAUUGAAAUUGAAGAUUUCCAUUUCGAGUACAAUAAAGAAGUAUCCACACCAAGAAUUUACAACGAUAUGAUUACGUUGAAAUCGGGAGAUCAUCUUAUUAAGCUCACCAUCUCCCAUGCCAUUGCACAAUCGACAAAACUAUCCAUGUUUGAGAGCAAAAUGUCGAUCAUUUUGAACUCAAUCUCCAAACUACCCAAAUUAUUAGCGUUAACCGGAAGGUUGCAGAAUUACACCACGAAGAAAUUACUGAUGAAAACUGGAAGACUCCUGCAGCUUCGAAGUGAAGUGAACCUUAGUUCCAACGUGUUGGAUACACCCGAAUAUUUCUGGUCUGUAGAACCUGGUUUACAUCCUUUAUAUGUUGCCAUUAGAGAGUACUUAGAGAUUGAUCAGAGAGUGGAGGUUCUUAACGAUCGUUGCAAAGUAUUUUUGGAUUUCUUUGAUAUAGUCUCAGACUCCUUGGCCGAGAACCAGAUGGUGAAGAUAACCAAAAUCUUGAUUGUCGCUAUUGGACUCAGUGUAGUGGUGUCCAUUUUUGAAAUUGUUAUUCGGUACUUACUUAUUCGUCGAGUAUAA